AUGGAUGACUUCUCAGUGGUUGGUGAGUCUUUUGACCUUUGUUUGCAUAAUCCCGACAAGGUCCUUGCGAGGUGUGAAGAGACACAUAUGUUGUUGAAUUGGGAAAAGUGCCACUUCCUGGUUCGAGAAGGGAUUGUACUAGGGCACAAAAUUUUAAGAAAUGGGCUGAAAGUUGAUAAAGCUAAAGCGGAGGUAAUUGAGAAGUUGCCACCACCCAUCACUGUGAAGGGAGUCCGAAGUUUUCUGGGACAUGCCGGGUUUUAUACAAGAUUCAUCAAGGAUUUUUCUAAGACAGGAAGACCCAUGUGCAGUUUAUUGGAAAAAGAGGUGAAAUUUGCAUUUAAUGAAAGUUGUUUGCAGGCUUUUGAGAUGUUGAAGAAGAAGUUGAUCGAAGCUCCUAUUUUGAUUGCUCCAAAUUGGGAGCUACCCUUCGAGCUCAUGUGUGAUGCUAGCGAUACAUCGGUUGGUGCAGUGCUAGGACAGUGUAAGGAUAAGAUGUUUCACUACAUCUAUUAUGCUAGCAAGACUCUGGAUACAACACAAUCAAACUACACUGUCACAGAAAAGGAGAUGCUCGCGCUAUUGUUUGCUUUUGAUAAGUUUCGUUCUUACUUGGUAGGCACCAAGAUUGUUUUUCACAUUGAUCAUGUUGCGAUGAGGUAUUUAUUCAACAAGAAGGAUGCAAAUCAAGAAUUUCCUGAUGAGCAAUUGCUAGCCUUGGACAUUGCACAAGUACCUUGGUAUGCUGAUAUUGUAAACUUUCUGGUGAGUGGUUUAUUUUCACCUGGGGCUUCAACACAUCAGAGGCAAAAGCUGAAACAUGAGGCUCGGUUUUAUAUGUGGGAUGAGACUUUCUUAUUCAAGCAAGGACCAGACCAGGUGGUGCAAAGGUGUACAACGGAAAAUGAGGCGAUAUUGCAAAUGUUGGAGAGUUGUCACUCUUUACCAUAUGGUGGGCAUCACGGAGGCGAGCGUACGACGCAUAAGGUUUUGCAAUCUGGUUUCUUUUGGCCUACUUUAUUUAAAGAUGUUGUGAUUUUUGUGAAGGGUUGUGAUCAGUGUCAGCUAAUGGGCACUAUUUCUAGAAGACAUGAGAUGUCGUUAAUCAACAUCCUAGAGGUUGAGAUCUUUGAUGUAUGGAGGAUAGACUUCAUGGGAUCGUUCCUGGCAUCCAAAGGUAAUCAAUACAUACUUGUGGCAGUGGAUUAUGUGUCCAAGUGGGUUGAGGCGUUUGCUUUACCUACUAAUGAUGCAAAGGUGGUUGUAAAGUUCAUCAGGAAGUACAUCUUCACCAGGUUCAUAAAUCCAAGGGCCAUGAUAAGUAAUGGAGCCAUAACCUAUCAUCAGACUAGCGGUAGAGUGGAACUGUCCAAUAGAGAAGUAAAGCAAAUUUUGGAGAAGAUUGUGAAUGCACAAAGGAAAGAUUGGGCAGACAAGUUAGAUGAUGCUUUGUGGGAAUACAUGACUGCAUACAAGACACUGAUAGGGACUUCUCCUUAUCGAAUGGUGUUUGGGAAAGCAUGUUACCUUCUAGCGGAAUUGGAGCAUCAAGCAUACUGGGCUAUAGAUAAGUUCAAUCUUGACCCUGAAUUAGAAAGCAAGAAAAGAAUAACACAACUGCAUAAGCUAGAGGAAUUCAGGCUCCACGCGUACGAAAAUGCCAAGCUAUACAAAGAGAAGACUAGGAAGUGGCAUGACAAUCAUAUUUUGUCACACCCAUUUGAGCCUGGCCAAUUGGUGUUACUAUUCAAUUCAAGAUUAAAGUUGUUCCCAAGAAAACUUUGGUCUAAGUUGAGUGGGCCGUUUGAGGUGGUGAGGAUGACCCAAUAUUGA